AUGGCCACUUUACUUGGGCUUGGUUUGUCCGUAGCCUUGACGUUUCUUCUAGUCUCCUAUUUCCCCAAGUAUUCCAUUUCUGGGUCCUUUGCAUGGACGUUGCCAGUUCUCUUCACGGCUUACCUUGCCCUCCGAGCAGUGUAUCUUGUCAUUUUAUACCCUAUCUUCUUCACACCAUAUAAACACCUGCCCGUCCCACCGGCAUCUUCCCAAGGUACUCCAAGUGCAAAAUGGACCAGAGAAGUACCAAAUGACGGGAUCAUUCGCUAUUACUUUAUGUUGAACCGAGAGCGACUGCUAGUCACAUCAACAAAGGCCCUGGCAGAUGUACUGGUCAAUCGGGCUUAUGACUUUGCAAAGACCCGCGCAUUGGUUGCAUCUAUAGGCUGGGUUACCGGUACUGGUGUCAUCCUUGCGGAAGGAGAUGUGCACAGGGUCCAACGGAAGAACUUGAACCCUGCAUUCUCGUUCCGCCAUAUCAAGGAGCUCUACCCUAUUUUCUGGCAGAAAUCGGUAGAGAUGGCCGAAAGGAUAGCCGAGGACAUAGCUCCCCUACCUACAGAUGAAAAGAUCAUUUCAUUUGCUGACUAUACUGGAAGGGCAACCUUGGAGAUAAUUGGACUGGCUGGCAUGGGCUAUGAUCUCGAGUCAGUAAAUGAGCUCCGAGAAGAGUACCGAAAGAUGUUCACUACUCCAGGUCCUUUUACUAGAAUCAUUCGGAAUUUCGUCUUCUUGACAUGGCCGGAAUUGUUCUUCUACUUACCACUGCCAUAUGUAAGGACAAUCACUGCUGCGUCUCAAAAGAUCCGCGAAAUUUCUCGGUUGCUUGUUCAGCGGAAGCGAUAUGAACUCUCUUCCAAGAAGAUUGAUGACUCAAGUGGUGAUAUUAUAUCCGUCGCUCUUGAAAGCGGCAACUUCACGGAAGAAGGUCUAGUUGAUCAGAUCAUGACCUUCCUGGCUGCGGGCCACGAGACAACUUCCAUAGCUCUGCAAUAUGGCACGCGCAUACUAUGCACCCAUCCAGAGGUCCAAAGUCGAUUGCGUGAAGAGGUUAGGGCUAAAAUUCCGUCACCGGGGCAAAAUAAGGAUGCAAAUGGAUUACGACAUAUCUCAUCCACCCUUCUGGACACAUUACCUUACCUCAACGCAUUUUGCAAUGAGCUUUUUCGUUUCUACCCACCAGUUACCAUUACUACUCGCCAGGCAAUUCGCGAUACCGUCAUUGCCGGCCAGCCUAUCAAAAAAGGAACAAAUAUUGUCAUUGCACCUAGAGCAACGAACCGAAAUCCCGAAUUCUGGGGAGAAGAUGCAGAUGUCUUCAACCCAGACCGUUGGCUGGCUCCCGGCUGUGCAAACACCGGUGGUGCUGAGUCAAACUAUGCCUUCCUUACUUUUAUACAUGGGCCUCGAAGCUGUAUUGGGAACACUUUUGCGAAGGGUGAGUUAAUGUGUUUGGUCGCUGUACUUGCAGGAAGGUUUGAGAUGGAACUUGAAGAUCCGGAUAAAGAACUGGAGAUCACACCUGGUAUAACUAACCGGCCAGCAGAUGGAGUAAGGGCUAGGUUAAAGGUCUUGGAAGGUUGGUAG